CCGGUAUGUCCGUACGUACGUACAUAUGCACGCUGGACUCUCCCGGAUAGAGUAAUUCGUUAGAUAACUAAACAUGGCCCACCCCACACGUUGCAGCAGCAUGCCGGAUGUUGCACCCACGAAACCCCCUUCGGUGUGGAGGACUUUGUCCAAGCACCGAGUUGCACGGUAUCACCAAGAUAAAAAUCAUAAAGAGAACGAUAGGAUCCCAGUAAUUCACAUGGACCCCCGCAGGUUUAACCUUGGGUUCCCCAUCCCUGAAGCUCGGCUGUUCGUGGAAGACGGGAUGCUGACACCCUGAACGGGAGUCCGGAGUUUGAAGUACAAAUAUCACUAAUCCACCACUAAAGCAUUCGGCUCCCAGUGGACCCGUAAGGCAGUUAUAUCGACAUCUUUAGUUAGUUGAUUGACUGAUCACAUCAGUCUGCACUCGUUACCUUUCGAGUCUUUCAUCACCGUCUCAUCCUUUUACGGCUCCUUCAAACCAUAUCUACUACUAUAUCCUCAAGUCUACAGAGUCGCUGCCACUCACGAUGGCCUCAGUCACCCUUCCCACGUCUUACGCCGCCCUCCCUACGCAGCACAUCAAGCUCUCCCAUGUGCCUGCCACGUCCCCGACCCCAACACCCAUUCUCCUCAUGACACUCAACCGGCCUGACAAACUCAAUGCGUUCACGCCAACUAUGUGCAACGAAAUGGUGUCGAUAUUCAACACGGUCGACGUGGAUGACCGCGUCAAAGUGGUUGUCGUCACGGGUUCGGGGACAAAGGCUUUCUGUGCCGGCGCGGAUCUGGAGCUCGGAUUUCCAAAGGGAAAAGGAAAGGAUGGGCAUACAAAUCGAGGAGACGUGACAAGGCCUAAGGAUCAUCGGGAUGGUGGCGGAAGAGUCACUCUAGCGAUCCACAACUGCCGCAAGCCCACGAUCAUGGCCCUCAACGGCUCCGCCGUCGGAAUCGGAAUUACCAUGACGCUCCCCGCCACUAUCCGUCUCGCUACCGCCAACACCAAAAUCGGCUUCGUUUUCGCUCGCCGCGGCCUGGUCAUGGAAGCUGUAUCAUCCUUCUUCUUGCCCCGUCUCAUCGGCCACUCUCGUGCCCUCCACGUCGCCACCACGGGUGCUACGUAUCCUCCGGACCAUCCUUUGCUACGCGACCUGUUCUCCGAAGUCCUCCCGACGGCUCAGGCGACCUUAGACCGCGCUCUCGAGAUCGCAGAGGACAUUGCACAGAAUACUUCCACCGUCUCAACCUCUCUCAUGAGGGAUAUGAUGUACCGUGGGCCAGAUAGUCCCGAGGGAGCACACCUGCUCGACUCAGCGAUCAUCUACAGUCUCUUCGGUGGCAAGGACAACGAGGAAGGUAUCAGGAGUUUCUUCGAGAAGAGAAAACCGCAAUUCAAAGCUUCAGUGACGAAUCCGGACGAUAUGCCCUCUUUCUAUCCCUGGUGGAAUCCGAUCGAUCUCACUCCACGGUUGGAGAAGGCUAAACUCUAAGCUAAAGUGUCAGCAGUAUUAUGGGUAUGAAUAUAAAGGUAGAUUCUGAAGAGCAUUUAUUUCAGCUGUAGGUAAUAAAUCCGUCUUUAUACUAAAAAUGUUUUCCAAUA